GAGCGGGAGCGGGGCUAUGGCGGGAUCUUUGUCACGUUGUUUGGUGGAGGAGGAGCGGGAGGGGGAGGAGGAGGAGGAGGAGGAGGAGGAGCAGUGGGAGGAGGUGGCACAAGGGAGAGUAGGAGGUCGGAAGAGGGGGAGGAGCGGGUCGCACGAGGAGUCGUCGCUUCUUUUUUUUUUAAUCCUCGCCUUUUGGGUGGUUUUUCGCAUGCUACUAUUCGGCCGCCAUCGGAGAGUGGGAGGAGGAGGUUGUGCAAGCGGGAGGAGGAGGUUGUGCAAGUGGGAGGAGGAGGUUGUGCAAGCGGGAGAAGGAGGUUGUGCAAGCGGGACGAGGAGGUCAAAAGAGGGGAAGGACGAGAUCGCACAAGGGGGAGCAGGUAGGAAGAGAGAUUGGAGGAGGUGGCACGAGGGGGAGGAGGAGGUCGUGCGAGGGGAAGCGGAUGUGGCACAAGGGGGAGGAGGUCGUGCGAGGUGGAUGAGGAGGUGGAAGAGGACUCGUGAGGGGGAGGAGGAGGUCGCACAAGGAUUAGGAGGUCGCGCGAGGGGAGGAGGGUCGGAAGAGAGGGAGGAAGUCGCACAGAGGGAGGAGGGGGUCACGCGAGGGGUAGGAAGAGGUCGCACAAGGGAGAGGAGGAGGUCGCACAGAGGUUGCAUAAGGGAGAAGAGGAGAUCGGAAGACGGAGUGGGAGGGGGAGGAACAGUUCGCACAAGGACAAGCAAGAGGUUGCACAAGGGGGAAGAGGAGGUGGCACAAGGGAGAGGAGGAGGUCGGAAAAAGGGGAGGAGCAGGUCGCACGAGGAGGACGAGAGGUUGCAGCGAAGGUCGGAAGGGAGGUUGGAGGAGGUCGCGCGAUUGGUGGCGCGGUCCAGGAAGAAGAAGAAGAAGAAGAAGAAGAAGAAGAAGAAGAAGAAGAAGAAGAAGAAGAAGGAGAAGCUGAAGCUCGCGGCUAUGGCGACUGUGGUGCACGAAGUGGCUGCUUGUAUCAACGCUCACGCUUGGAAUGGCAACUGGUCGAUGUUGGCUGUUUGCCCGAACACCAACAAAGUGCACAUUUUCAGGGUGCCAGCAGCAGAUGGGGAAGGGGUGUCCUCUUCUUCUUCUUCUUUGAAGGGUGGGGCAAAGGGAUGGGAGAGGGUGCAGGUGUUGGACAAGCACGAUCAACUCGUUGCAGGCAUUGAUUGGGCUCCCUUAUCCAAUCGGAUAGUCACGUGUUCACACGAUCGCAACGCUUACGUGUGGUCGUUCGAUGCCAGGUGUCAGUCAUUCCGGCCGAUGCUGGUCAUCCUACGUGUCAAUCGCGCUGCGCUGGCCGUCUCUUGGAGUCCCCGAGAGAACAAAUUUGCGGUGGCAAGCAGCGCCAAGUGCGUUUGCGUCUGUUAUUAUGAGGAGGACAAUAAUUGGUGGGUAAGCAAAUUAAUUAAAAAAAAACACGAAUCUGCGGUCACGUGUGUCGCAUGGCAUCCCAACAACGUCUGGAUCGCGACGUCAUCAACGGACGGCAAGUGUCGGAUCUUCUCAGCACUAAUCAACGGGAUGGACCGGAGUGAAGAAGAAGAAGAACAAGAAGCAGAAGACGACAACGAGGAGGAAGACGAAGAAGAGGAAGGAGGAGGAGGAGGAGGAGGAGGAGGAGGAGGAGGAGGUGGUAGAAAUGCUGGUGGAGGGUGUCAUAGAGGUGGUAAGAAAACCCUAAACCCUUCUGACAGGAGGCCUUCUUUACGUACCCCUGCUGCUUUUGAUACCCCUUUUGGGGCCCGUUUAAGGGGGGGGGGGGGCUGUGAUACCAAAUUUGGCGAGUGUCUUAUGGUGUUCGAUGCUAACUCGUGGACGGGAGGGGUUAAAUGGUCACCACUGGGAAAUCAGUUGGCUUUUGUGGCCCAUGAUUCAAGCGUACAUUUCGUUAGGAAGAAAGCCGCUGGAUCUUCUGAUGGAUCUGACGGUGCAGAUGCAGAUGCAGAUGCAGAUGCAGAUGCAGAUGCAGAUGCAGACGUUUUCAGAAUUGCCAUGGCUGGUCUCCCAUUUAGGGAGGUGCUUUUUUUGUCGGAAACGAGACUCGUGGCCGUUGGAUAUGAUUGCAUUCCAGUUCUGUUUGGCGUUGACGAGGGGACAGGAAAUUGGCGGCUGAUCAGAUACGUCGAUCGCCCUCGGCAAAAGCCGUCUUCAUCCUCCUCCUCCUACUCAUCAUUAUUGUCAUCAUCAUCAUCAUCAGCAGCAGCAGCAGGAGCAGCAGCAGCAGCAGCAGCAGGAGGAGGAGGAGGAGGAGGAGGAUCAUUAACUGUUAGAUUUCCUCGGUUAAGAACGCAGUUCUCAUCAGCGCUAGAGAAAUUCCUUGGGCAAACAAGAAGAGGAGAGACUGUGGAGAGCUCUGAAGGAGAGGGAGGAGGAGGAGGGGGAGGAGGUUUGGGGGCAGGAAAGAUGAUGACGACGACACACGAGAACUGCAUCACGUGCAUACAGUUGAUGUUCGGAGGUAUGGCAGGCCGUCGAUUUUCCACCUCCGGUCUCGAUGGGAGACUGGCGAUCUGGGAUCUGCUGGAGGGGGGCGACCUGGAUGGGUAAAAUGUAUAAACGGAGCGAUCAUAGAUACUACCGGUAGUAAUUGGGGAGCGAUCAUCCAUAGUUGGCAGGCAGGCAGGCAUUCAGGUGUCUGACGUGUGAGCACGAGGGUAAAGCGAUCUGCUGACACAAUUGGCAGGCAGGCAUUCAGGUGUCUGACGUGGCCGCACGAGGGUAAAGGGAUCUGCUGAGAUAACUGGCAGACAGGCAGGUGUCUGACGUGUCAGCACGAGAGUAAAGGGAUCUGCUGAGA